CCGAGAGCAGGUUGGGGGAGUGGGUGUGUCCGCCGACUGUAAAAGUGCGCGUUUUGCGUGGUGACGUAGGGCGUUGAGUGGGAGAGACAACUGGAUCCCGCGCGUGCGAGGCACCCCACUUGCAGUCCAAAUCGAUCUUUUCCCUACGGGGGAGCGAGCAGUUACCAACAUGUCAGAGUGGGAGUCUUAUUACAAAAACCAGGGCGAUGAAGAAGAAGAACAAGAGGAGGGCCUUGAAGCAGGUGGAGAAUAUACAUAUUCAGGAAGAGACAGUUUGAUUUUUUUGGUUGAUGCUUCUAAGGCCAUGUUUAUUAAAUCAGAGGAUGAAGAUGAGUUGACUCCUUUUGACUUGAGCAUCCAGUGUAUCCAGAGUGUGUACACCAAUAAAAUCAUAAGCAGUGAUCGAGAUCUCUUGGCAGUGGUGUUCUAUGGUACUGAGAAGGACAAAAACUCAGUGAAUUUCAAAAAUAUUUAUGUCUUACAGGAGUUGGAUAAUCCAGGUGCUAAACGAGUGUUGGAGCUCGCGCAGUUCAAGGGGCGGCAGGGGCAGAAACAUUUCCAAGACCGGAUCGGCGGUGGGUGUGCCUACUCACUAAGUGAAGUGCUGUGGGUCUGUGCCAACCUCUUCAGCGAUGUCCAGGUCAAGAUGAGCCAUAAGAGGAUCAUGCUCUUCACCAACGAAGAUGACCCCCACGGCGACGACAGUGCCAAAGCCAGUCGGGCCAGGACCAAAGCUGGGGAUCUCCGUGACACAGGUAUCUUCCUUGACUUGAUGCACCUGAGGAAACACGGGGGCUUUGACACGUCCUUGUUCUACAGAGACAUCGUCAGUGUGGCGGAGGACGAGGACCUGCAGGUCCACUUCCAGGAAUCGAGCAAGCUGGAGGACCUGCUGAGGCGGGUCCGCGCCAAGGAGACCAAGAAGCGUGCGCUUGUCAGGUUGAAAUUUAAGCUCAACAAAGAUACAGCGCUCUCUGUCGGCAUUUAUAAUACAGUCCAGAAGGCCGUCAGGCCUGCUCCAAUCAGGCUUUAUCGGGAAACCAACGAACCAGUGAAAACCAAGACACGGACAUUUAAUGUAAAUACAGGCGGUUUGCUUCUGCCAAGCGACACCAAGAGGUCUCGGAUCUACAGGAGUCGUCAGAUCGUGCUAGAGAAGGAGGAGACGGAACAGCUGAAGCGGUUCGAUGAGCCAGGUUUGGUUCUCAUCGGUUUCAAGCCCCUGGUGAUGCUGAAGAAGCACCAUUACGUGCGGCCCGCCCUGUUCGUGUACCCCGAGGAGUCCCUGGUGAGCGGGAGCUCAACCCUGUUCAGUGCUCUCCUCACCAAGUGUCUGGAGAAGGAGGUCAUGGCAGUGUGCAGAUACACCCCCCGCCACAACACCCCCCCUUACUUUGUGGCCUUGGUGCCCCAGGAAGAGGAGCUGGAUGACCAGAAGAUUCAGGUGGCUCCCCCAGGCUUCCAUCUUAUUUUCUUGCCCUACGCCGAUGAUAAGCGGAAGGUGCCCUUCACUGAAAAGGUCGUGGCAAACCCAGAGCAGGUAGACAAGAUGAAGGCCAUUGUUCAGAAGCUCCGCUUCAAGUACAGGAGCGACAGCUUUGAGAACCCGGUGCUGCAGCAGUACUUCAGGAACCUGGAGGCCUUGGCUUUGGAUCUGAUGGAGCCCGAGCAGGCCGUGGAUGUGACACUGCCUAAGGUUAAAGAAAUGGAUAAAAGACUGGGUUCCCUCGUGGAUGAGUUUAAGGAGCUUGUCUACCCCCCGGAUUACAAUCCCGAGAGAAAACCUCCCAGGCAGAAACAAGAUGAUGGAGGUCCCGAAAGCAAAAGACCCAAGUUGGAUUUGUCCGAAGAGGAACUGAAGGUCCAUGUCAGCAGCGGCACGCUGGGCAAGCUCACGGUGCCCGUGCUGAGGGAAGCCUGCAGGGUGCACGGGCUGAAGGGUGGCGUGAGGAAGCAGGAGCUGCUGGACGCGCUCACCAAGCACUUCCAGAAGGACUGACCGGAGACCGGACACCCAGCCAUGCUUCUGCCCUGUGGCCGGGCUGCUUGGUUUUGUUCUCAUCAAGUGAAAAUGUGUUCCUCCUGAGCCAGGAAGAGUCUGCCUGAUAGAAACCAGAACUUUAGGAGACUUUCUGUUGCCAUGGAGACAUCAUAGCCCUUCCACUCUGCAGUGCCUUAUUCUAUUGUCUAAAUAAAGAGCCUAA